AUGCAGGUGAUAAGUUCGAGCCCGGUUGUUUCCUUGAAUCAAUCUUUCAAUUCUUGCUCCGCCACUGAUGUAGCAGAAAUCGCCAGUAAUUUUCAGGAUCUUAGCUUGAGUUUGAAACUAAAUGAAGUCACAGGAAAUGAAUUAGAGAAAUUUGAGGAUGAUAAACCGCUACAUGAUGAAGAAAAAGGAGAGAUUGAGGCGGAGGAGGAAGAGGAGGAGGAGUUUAGUUUUGUUUGCAUGAAUCCUGAUGGAUCGCCUAUAUCUGCCGACGAUAUAUUCCAAAACGGUCAGAUCCGACCAGUUUAUCCUUUGUUCAAUACAGACCUCCUAUUCGCCGACGGUGAUUCGGAAGCUAAAAACUCCUUCACGCCAGCUCUCCUGCCUCCAUUCAGAAAGCCGUUUGUGGAAGAGCAUGACCACGCCUUGUCAACUUCGUCUUCGGAAGCGGACGAACCGGAGGGGCUUUUCUGCGUUUGGAAAGAGAAAGCUAUGGAAGCGUCGCCGAACAUCUGUAAAAAGAGCAACUCCACUGGAUUUUCAAAACUAAGGAGAUUUCGAGAAUUGGUCCUCCGAAGCAACAGCGACGGAAAGGACGCUUUCGUAUUCUUAAAUCAUCACAACCAUAACGAUGACCAUAAAAAUCAUCCUUCAACAGUAGCAGCAGCAAAAGCGAGUACAAAACCGAGAAAGGCAGAUAAAAGCGAAAAAAUCAUGGAGAAAAAGCGACAACCAGAGGUAAAGGGUGAAAAAGCUUCAUCGGCGCACGAGAGGUUUUACGUGAGCAAUCGGGCGAGGAAAGAGGAGCAUAAACGGAAAUCGUAUCUGCCAUACCGGGUCGGGUUCUUCACUAAUAUAAACGGGUUGACCAGAAACAUUCAUCCCUAUUAA